GAUCGGAGAUUUGUGGGCUCUUCUCAUCUUUCUUAUAUAGCUAAAAAAUGCGAAAGGAAUAUUAACAUUCUUAAGGCCCUAUCAGGUGCUUGGUGGGGAGCCCACCCAUAUUCUCAAAAAUUGUUAUAUAACGCUUUAAUCCGCAGCCUUUUAGAUUUUGGUACUUUUAUAUUCGAACCCUGUAAUAAAUCAGCUCUCACUGUGCUAGAACGUAUUCAAAUGAGGGCUCUCAGAAUUGUUACGGGUGCCAUGAAGCCUUCCCCAAACAGAGCUAUCCAGGUUGAAUGUGUGGAUCCUCCGUUGGAUUUAAGACGGCAACUUCUUGCAGACCGCUUUUUAUUUGGUAUCUCUGCACUAUCUUCUCAUCCUCUUCUCCCAAAACUGCGUCUUCUUCAAUUAUAUGGGUCAAGCAAAGCAUACUGGCGUAAUAAAGAUCAACCCAAUUUGGUUAAUAGUCUAGUGAAAAUAGCAGCUCUUAAACCCCCUAUUAUGAAAUCUUCUACUCUACCUAUUUAUUCUGUUCCUUUCGAGGCUCUUACGCAUGUACCCAAAGUCGUAACUAAUAUUGGCAUAGAUAAAGGGUCUCCUUCUGCUAAUUCGACUUUCUCUAAGUUUGUUCACUCAUACUAUUCAGGUCAUCGGCUCUUUUUUACUGAUGCAUCUAAAUUAUCGGAUCAGGGUUGUGUAGGGGCAGCUUUUCUCAUAUCAAACUCGGAUAUCUUAGCAAAAUUUAAACUUCCUCCUGAAGCGUCAGUAUUUUCUGGUGAAUGCUUGGCCCUCUUAAAAGCUCUAGAAUAUAUCUUUGUCCAUAAGUUGCCAAAAUGCGUAAUUUUUUCUGACUGUCUCAGUGCAAUUCAGUCUAUUAUGUUACGCCCUUUCAAGAAUUUCGCACGUAGCUAUCUUAUUUGUCAACUAAAAAACAAAAUUUUUGAAUGCCAUUCUGCUGGCUUAGAGAUAGUAUUUGUUUGGAUCCCUAGUCACUCGGGCAUAGUAGGUAAUGAGAAGGCGGACAUAGCCGCCAAAGAAGCUGUUCUUGAUGGGGAUGACUCCUUUUUUAAAAUAUAUUCGCCUGAUAUCCUGAACAUCCCCUUCGAGUUCAUGAAGAAAAAAUGGGCUACCCGAUGGACCCGUGCUAAGAAAUGCUUCUUUUCUGAAAUUCAGCCAUCUAUCCCAUCCCGUCCAUGGUUUUUCAAAAAUAGAUCUCUUUCUAAAAGACACACUAGCAUUAUUAUUAGACUCAGAUUAGGUCGUGUUUGUUCGUCCGAGCAAUUACAUAGUUUUAAAAUGAAAGAUUCUCCUAUAUGCGACUGUGGUACUGAAGUUGGUAUUACCCAGUCUAUCUUUUUGCUCUAUGUUUAUUUUCUAUCCUCAUGCCGUGUGAAGUUCGAUACUCGUUUUUGGCAGAAUUGUGCUUAACUGCGCGGUAGCCAUAGACUAAAAAGUGAA